AUGUCGCCCUCGGUCCCGAGAGUUACGUCGUCACCACGCAACGACAGAAGAGGGUCGCUGAAUGCCAAAGAUACAGCAGCAGCGACAGGAAAUAACAAUUUGAGAGGAGCAACUUCACUGAAUCCAGCAGAUGUAACGGCGACAAGAACGAACAGUCCCAUAUCAACCACAAUCAACGAAGCGCUACGCAAUAAUCCAUUCGGUAGCACUUCACGGGCUCGAGCCCUCGAAGCCGAAGCACAAGCCACUUCUCUCCUUGAAAAUGAAGAACGUCGCGCAGAUCUCGAAGACCGAAAUCGUUCGUUAGUUAUACUCGCCGCCCUUUUCCCCGACGUGCGUAUUGAAGUAUUCCGGGAACUAUUGACGCGCUUCGAUGGCACGAGUCGACUUCACGUCUGCGUUGAGCAGUUGCUCAAACAUAAGAAGCAGUGGGUGCAGGGACGGUGGAAUAUACCUAUUGAUGGGAAGGAUGGUAGUAAUAAUGUCUCUGGGAGCAUUUUGACGGACCCCGAUACGGCGGUGGCUCCGGAGGAAUUAUUUCGAAGUGAGACGUACCGAAAUAUCGUCAAGGCAGCUCUGUGUAAAGAGUUCAGUGGGUUGAGUCGGAGUACUAUUGAUGGGGUAUUGGCCGAGGUCAAUUUCUCAUACACUCGUGCGAGACCGACGCUCAAAGAAUUAUCUAGGAAAGGAUGGCGGGCGACUAUUAGCAAUCUGAACCCCUUCAGGCGCAAAAGGGAUAAUAACAAGGAUGAUAAUCCCUUGAUAGCCUGGGAAAGGAGUAGAGAUACUGAUGGAGCAAGCCUGUCAAUUCCUCGACUCAGACAGAAGACUGGUUCAGACGAGCUCGACCAAGAGAUACAGGAGACAUUGAUUGCCCCGGUUCUUCGUGAGCAAAAGGAGACUCAGGAGUACCAAGACUAUACUUUUGCGUCCGAGAUCAAUGAGAAAGAAGCUAUAGCUGAAAACUCGCUGUAUGAGUGUCAGUGUUGUUUGGACGAUGUGACUUUUGAGCAAGUCUCCGCCUGUUCAUCAGACCAAGGUCAUAUGAUAUGUUUCAACUGCAUACGGCGAACGCUCCACGAAGCUGUUUUUGGACAGGGGUGGGAUAACUCCGUGGACCCAGAGAGAUCGACCCUCAAAUGUGUCGCCCCAGUAAGCCAUGGGGUGUGCGAGGGCUAUUUGGAUUCGAUGCUCGUCAAGAGAGCCAUUCUCUCCGAAAAGGCUGGUUCAGAGACUUACCGCAAAUUCGAGGACCGCGUGGCUUCAGAGGCAUUGCUGAAGUCGAACCUGAAACUCGUGCGCUGCCCAUUCUGCCCAUAUGCAGAGAUUGAUCCUGUUUUCCAUCCAGCCUCUACUUCUCGCGGAGCAGCAGGAGGUAUUUCCUGGAGGUUUCGCCGCGGAAACCUCAUUUCGACGAUAUUGAUGAUCAUUUUACUUCUUGAUAUGAUACCCUUGUUUUUGUUGCCAUUCUUAAUAAUGCUUCUACUCUAUCCGCGCACAACAGCGGCUAUUUUCCGUGUUUCCUUACAAAACCUAUGUCUCCGAACCCGCAGUCCACGAUUUAUAUGCAAGAACACUUCCUGUCGGCAAGUGAGCUGCAUGACCUGCCACAAAUCCUGGCGAGAUCCGCAUACAUGCGAAGAACCUCUUCAGCAAUCUUUACGUACGACGGUAGAAGCCGCGCGCACAGCGGCAGUGAAACGGACUUGUCCUCGAUGCAAUUUGUCGUUUAUCAAGUCUUCUGGCUGCAACAAAUUGACAUGCAUAUGCGGUUAUUCCAUGUGUUACAUCUGCCGCAAGGCAUUAAAUGGACCAUCAUCUCGUCGGCAACCACAGGGCGGUGCCGGACGACAUCCUUUCCCUCCAGACGAGAACAAUGCCGCAGAAGCAGACGAAGGAGAAAGCGGAUACAAGCAUUUCUGUGAACAUUUCCGCGUCAACCCCGGUACUCGUUGCACGGAAUGCUGA